AUCCAGCUCGUCUACACCUCUCCAAAAGGCAGACCAACAGAACUCAACACUCAUUCAAAUUUAAAGAUUUUAAUGAUUAAAAAAAGAUUCCUACUUCACAUUAAGACAGAUGUGUGCCUCAUGUCAAAAGAAAAAAAAAAACACAAAAAGCUCACUUUACAAGACAGUGCUGCUUCUCUCCUGAUUCUCACACACUGUAGUUGUCAUCACUUUGAUGUUUUCGUUGUUUUCCCUUUAACAUCUCCCUGUAUCUGAUCGGAAAGUGCUCCUCGAACACCAUCAGCACCAUACCGCUUCUGGAUGCUGCGCUGGAGUAUGUACGCAUGCGCACCACAGAGGAAUUACUGCACAGCGCACUCUAAGUUGGAUCUUCUCUGUCUUCACGGAAACCAGAAAACAUAUAAAAGUAUGGCGAUCUUCAGAAUAAGGCAAAAGAGCUUCGCGCGCGUCUGGACGUUUCCCGUGAUAGUGGCCGUGGUGUGUGCGCAAAGUGUCAAUGAUCCAAGCAAUAUGUCUCUCGUAAAAGAAACUGUUGAUAGACUAUUGAAAGGAUAUGACAUUCGCUUGAGGCCAGAUUUUGGAGGUCCUCCGGUGGGAGUGGGGAUGAAUAUAGACAUAGCCAGUAUAGACAUGGUAUCAGAAGUAAAUAUGGACUACACACUGACUAUGUAUUUCCAGCAAGCCUGGCGAGAUAAACGGCUGUCCUAUUCUGAGAUUCCUCUUAAUCUGACGCUGGAUAACCGGGUGGCUGAUCAGCUGUGGGUGCCGGACACUUACUUUCUGAACGACAAGAAGUCAUUUGUACACGGCGUAACAGUGAAGAACAGAAUGAUACGUCUUCAUCCUGAUGGCACUGUGCUCUAUGGACUCAGGUAA